AUGUUUGCAAUAGUCUGUCUUGUGGAGUCUCUUGAAGGAUUUUACAUGGCAAGUGCAACAAUGAAAGUUUUAAAAUUUCUGAAACUUCUUGUAGAGCCUAGUUUGGAAGAAGAUUCUGGCUCACUACUUGCUUUUUGCAGUCUGUUAAUUAGCAGUAUGAGAUACCAGGCUGAAAAUUCUCGCUACUUUAGAACCGUAUCAAGCAAGUGGCCAAUUCUGGUCAUUUUCUUUGGAUUAUUUCUUCUCGGAAUCGGACGUACUAUGCCAUAUUCUUUUGGAUUACCUAUAACAGAACAUGAUGUCAAAGAAAAACAUAAGUCGUUAUACUUUGGAUCUUUGUUUUUCUUUCGAAUCCUUGGGCCAGUGUUCGGAUUUUCCCUUAGCUUUAUCACUAACAAGCUAUAUUAUAUAAGUAGUGAGCCUUCCGGAAUCACUCCGGAAGACCCAAUGUGGAUUGGGCGGUGGUGGAUUGGGUUCUUUACUAUUGGAGGAGUACUUCUUUGUCUAUCAUCUCUUAUGAGCAUUCCUUCCUCAUUAGCAACGAGCAAUAAUGUCGUUGCAAAUGGCGACUUACAGGAUUAUGUGAACCAGAUGAGUGAUGGUGAAAAUGAUUUGAAUCAAUUCACUGUAGGCGAAAGACCGGGUGAUAGAAGAGCACAAAAUUCAACAAUAUCAAACAUAUGCGGUGAGGAAAAUAAUUAG